AUGCAGGCGUACCUCACUGAGCUGUACUAUAUCUUUUUGGAGCCUGUGCUGCUCUAUUUGGGCCUCACAACACAGGGCAGUGGCGAUCCGACAUAUGGCCGCGACCGUCUUCCCUACUCGGCGCAGGAGCGCUCGCUGAUUUACGAGAAUCCCAAUGUGCGCUCCACGCGGCGUCGCGUAUAUCUGUGCGGCACCGACCCCGUCCUGGAUGUUGAGCUGCAAGGCGUGCAUGCACUGCCAUCUACGUACAAAAACAAGCGCCUCACCUCUUUUGUAAACUACUACAUCUGGGAAAUGCCCAGCGUCGCGCAGUUAAAUGCCGAUGUGUACUUGGUCCAUGGCAUCAAUGACUAUUCUGGGAAACUGACCGUGCAAGGCACUGCAUUCAUGCGUGCGGGCAUGCGUGCUAUUGCCAUUGAUCUCCCGUCGUUUGGCCGGUCGUCGGGCUUGCCUGCGUACGUCCCGAGUAUGCGAGUGCUUGCCAAUGCACUGCACGCCGUCAUGGCCCACGUACAUUUCCACGACACUUUGGCCGAGCUACCCGCGCUUGCGAGGCGCAAAAGGUUUGGCCAAGGGAGCUCCAUGGGUGGCUUUACCGUGCUGUACCACUGCGCUUUAUAUCCUCCUGCAGCGCCCGCGAAACUCGGUGGCCUUGCGAACGGCGCGCGGCUAUCCCUGGACGGCGUCGCGGUCAGUGCACCGAUGCUUCAAAUUGCGUCGGCAUCGCGGCCAAGUUACACACUGGAGUGGAUUGCACGGCGUAUCUGCAUGUUUGCUGGGCGCCUGCCCUUUGCCAAAGCGAUUCGCGGGAACGUAUCCGACGACCCAAAGGUCGACUACUACGCGUCCAUCGACCCCCAAAAUUAUCGCGGACUUGUGCGCAUCGCGACGGGCCUGGCCAUUGUCGCUGGCAUCGACGACCUAGCGCGUAUUACCUCGCGGAUCCAGUGCCCUGUAUCCAUAGAUCACGGCGAGAAUGACCGCGCUACGAGUCCGCACGGCUCGAUUGCGUUUUUUGAAAAGCUGCAUGCGGAGCCCAAGCGGCUGCGGCUUUGGCCAGGCGUCGAGCACGCGAGCUGCUAG